GCGGGGGAAAAAAUCAUCUGUCAAAAACAAGCCACAAACUUGUUUACGCUUUUAUUGGUUUUUCAGUUUUCCCUUUUUACUGAUUUGAAGUUUGGUUACUUUGAUCUGAAUUUGGAAUGCGCUUCUUCUCGGUUUCACAAACUAUCAUAGUUUUAUAUUGCAAGUGAAAAUAAUACUAUUUAUGAGAUCAAAAUGCAUAUAAAACAGAUUAUUAUACAGGGCUUCAAAAGCUACAGGGAUCAAACUGUUGUGGAACCGUUUGAUAAACGUCAUAAUGUAGUCGUGGGAAGAAAUGGUUCAGGGAAAAGUAACUUUUUCUAUGCCAUUCAAUUUGUCCUCAGCGAUGAGUACUCCCACUUAAAACCGGACCAAAGACAGUCUCUGCUUCACGAAGGCAGUGGACCAAGAAUUGCAUCCGCCUAUGUCGAAAUUAUUUUUGAUAAUUCAGAUGCCCGUGUCCCUAUUGAACAUGAAGAAAUUUUCUUGAGGCGUGUAAUUGGUGCUAAAAAGGAUCAAUAUUUUUUGAAUAAGAAAGUAGUGCCAAGAAGCGAGGUCAUGAAUCUACUUGAAUCUGCUGGAUUUUCUAGUUCAAAUCCAUAUUAUAUUGUUAAACAAGGAAAGAUUCUUCAAAUGGCCACAGCUCCAGACUCACAUCGUCUGAAAUUGCUAAGGGAAGUGGCUGGUACCAGGGUUUUUGAUGAAAGAAAAACUGAAUCCGUUACUCUUUUUAAAGAAACUGAAGGAAAAAUUGAAAAGAUCCGCGAAUUUUUGGCUACAAUUGAAGAGAGACUUUCUACUUUAGAAGAAGAGAAAGAAGAACUAAAACAAUACCAAAAUCAUGACAAAAUCAGACGUGCUCUUGAAUACAUUAUCCAUGAAGUUGAAUUGACUGAAAAUAGGAAAAAAUUGGCUGAUUUGGAAAAACACAGAGAUGAAUCUGGUACUGGACAAAAAAAAUUAGCAACCGACUUGAAAAUAGCUCAAGACAAUAUAAAAUCUAUUACAAAAAGAAUUAAAGAUAUGAAAAAGGAAAUGGCUGCAAAUAAAGAAGAAAGAGACAUUUUAGGAAAUGAUCAUCAACAUUUAAUCAAAGAAAAAACUAAAUUAGAUUUUACCAUCAAGGAUUUAUCUGAGGAGUUACAAGGUGACAAUAAGUCCAAAGAACGAGCUGAGAAUGAACUAGCUCGUCUCACAACAACAAUCAAAGAAAAAGAAGCCGAACUUGAAAAAAUAAAGCCUCAAUACGAAGAGAAAAAAGCCAGAGAAGAAGCAUGCACUAGAGAGCUGGCUUUGAAGGAGCAAAAGCGCAAGGAGUUGUAUGCCAAGCAAGGCAGAGGCAGUCAUUUUAAAUCCAAAGAAGACCGCGAUAAAUGGAUCAAAAACGAAUUAAAAUCAUUGAUCAAACAAAUAAAAGACAAAAAAGAUCAUCAAGACAAAUUGGAAGCUGACCAAAAUAGAGACAAGGCGAAAACGGUAGAGCUGCAAACAAAAAUUGAAGAACAAUCCCUAGAGUUAGAACGCCAGAAGAAUUAUAUUGACGAAUACAAUAAGCAAUGUUAUGAAUUGAAGAAGAAUAAGGAUCAAUUUCAAGCUACAAGAAAUGAAUUGUGGCGCAAAGAAAAUAACAUACAAACAAACUUAUCAUCCCUAAAAGAGGACUUAGCAAAAGCUGAUCAACAAUUAAGAUCUAUGGUUGGAAAACCUAUUUUGAACGGCAGGGAUAGUGUCAGAAAAGUUUUAGACAGCUUUAUAGCUCGUGGUGGCGAAGAGGCAAAAAUAGCUUCAGCCUAUUUCGGCCCGGUUAUUGAAAAUUUCAGUUGUGAAAAGAGUAUUUACGUAUCAGUAGAAGUAACUGCUGGUAACAGACUAUUUCACCAUGUAAUUGAAAACGACAGAGUUGGCACAGUGAUUCUAAAAGAAAUGAACAGGCAAAAAUUACCAGGGGAAGUCACUUUUAUGCCAUUGAACAGAUUGAAUGUUAGACAACAAGACUACCCCAGUGAUUCUGACGCAAUUCCUAUGGUUUCAAGAUUAGAAUAUGAGCCAAAAUAUGACAAAGCCAUAAGGUAUUUAUUUGGUAGAACGUUGAUUUGCAGGCAUUUAGAUGCGGCAACUAAACUUGCCAGAAGUACAGGAUUGGAUUGUAUAACUUUGGAAGGCGAUCAAGUUUCUUCAAAAGGCUCUUUAACAGGCGGAUAUUUCAAUACAUCAAGAUCCCGUUUAGACAUGCAAAAAAACCGAAGCGAAACCAUUCAGCAAAUCCAAAAAUGCGAGCAAGAGUUAAAGAGUUUACGUACGGAACUUUCCCAAACGGAAUCAUCUAUAAACACUAUUGUCAGUGACAUGCAAAAAAUUGAAACUAAAAACACUAAAGCUAAAGUCAUUUAUGAUAAAGUUAAAGUGGAACUAAGCCUAAUGAGGGAAGAGUUGUCCAAUAUUGAAAAAUUCAAAAUUCCUAAAGAACGUUCUAUGGCACAAUGUAAAUCUAGUUUAGAAGCGAUGACUACAACAAAAGAAAAUUUAGAGUCCGAGUUGCAUCAAGAGCUAUUGGCUUCAUUGUCUGUGGCAGAUCAACAACAAGUUGAUUCGUUAAAUGAUGACAUACAGAGAUUGCAAAAAGAGAAUAAGGAGGCCUUUAGCACAAGAAUGAAAUUAGAGGCCGAAAAAAAUAAGUUGGAAAAUUUGUUGACAAAUAAUUUGAUUAGAAGAAGGGACGAGGUCUUACAUGCUCUACAAGAAAUUUCUUUGGAAGAUCGUAAAAGGCAGUUGACAAAUAGCCGCAGUGAAGUUGAAGAAAUUGAUAGAAAAAUUGAGAAAGUUAAUAGGGAACUGAGUUCAAUGGAAACAAAAGUAAAAGACAUGGCCAAAAAGUUGAAGCAAGAACAAUCGGAAUUGGAGAGUUGGAAGCGUAAAGAAAAAGAGGCUCAAGAUAAAAUUGACGAGGAUGCAAAGCAUUUGGAAAAGUUUGCGUCAAAACAGAAUCUUCUGGAAACGAAAAUCCAGGAGAGUGUUGAGAAAAUUAACCAACUUGGUAGUUUACCAGCUCCGGAAACCUACAAAAGUUUUGCGAAAAUGUCAUCAAAGGCGCUUUUUAGAGAAUUAGAAAAAACUAACAAUCAACUGAAAAAAUUCAGCCAUGUGAACAAGAAGGCUUUGGACCAAUUUAUGAGUUUUUCUGAUCAAAAGGAGAAAUUACAAAAAAGAAUGCAGGAGUUGGAGAGAGGAGGAGAAAGUAUCCAAGAACUCAUUGAGGUACUCGAACAAAGAAAAGUCGAAGCUAUUCAGUUCACUUUUAAACAAGUAUCCAGAUACUUUACAGAAGUUUUCAAGAAAUUAGCUCCUGCAGGCAAUGCUAAAUUAGUUCUGAAAACUGCGGAUAGUGGGGAUGAAGGAAGAGAUAUAUCUGCUGAUGAUGCCAAUACUGACAUUUUCCAAGGUAUUGGUGUGAGAAUUUCCUUCACAAGUGCCGACGUCGAAAUGAAAGAAAUGAACCAAUUAUCGGGAGGUCAAAAAUCCCUAGUAGCCCUGGGUCUAAUUUUCGCAAUCCAAAAAUGCGACCCAGCUCCCUUCUACUUGUUCGACGAAAUCGAUCAGGCCUUGGACGCUCAGCAUCGUAAAGCCGUAGCCGAUAUGAUCCACGAAUUAUCCGCUGAUGCUCAGUUCAUCACAACAACUUUCCGGCCGGAAUUGUUGGAACACGCUAAUAAAUUUUACGGUGUUAAGUUUAGGAAUAAGGUGAGUCAUGUGGAAUGCGUGUCCAGAGAAGAAGCGCGGGACUUUGUCGAAGAUGACACUACACAUGGUUAGGUUCAAGUUGAAUUCUGCUUUUCUGUAAAACAGCCUACUUUAAUGGGAUAAUAUUACUUUGUACUGGUAGGUUGUAGGUAGGUAACUAAGAUAUUUUCAAAACCUCUGAUAAACAUUUUUCAAUUUCAUGAAUAAGUUACAUUUAUUGAAUCUGAAAAAUAUGAACAACUGAUUUAAAACAAUACAUAUGGUCAAUAUACAGGUAUAACUUCAAAUCUGGUCAUCGAAUGUUCCACUUUGUUUUUUUUUUUUUAUCAUUUUCUUUAGCAAAGCCUCAACGAAUAUAUCAUUGCCGAUUUUGUAAUUUAAUUUUCUAAGGAAAAAUGCCAUAAGAUACCAUAAGUUACAUUUAAGAUUCUGAAGUUGCCGUCACUUGACCGAAACUGAAGUUAAAGUGGUGAAAUUAGAUAACAGAUCGUAGAAGCGGCACAAAAAGUUACCCAGAUCCUCAAAAUUUCAAUUUUAUUGGAUGACACGUUACAAAGUUAUCACCUGAGUAAAACAUCGUAUAAUAAUUGGAAAAUCAAAAAAAAAAAACUCCACAUCUUAACAGGGAAAGAUGAAGGCUCUGGCAAAUUGUGUCGGUUUGGACAAAGCAAGCAUUCUGUUUUCCAAAGUCAGGUUGUCAACACUGAGAUUGUAUACUUGUAGGUUUGACAUAUUUUUCUCUAUAGGUUCGUUUCAAAUAUUAAUAAUUUUUAUUUAAAGUAAUCAGAUGUUUUGAAAGUAUUUUUUAUUUAAUAGACAUAGGAAUUCAAUGUAUUGUUUGCAAUACAAAUAGGUUUAAGCUGUAGGAAUUCUUUUUUUAGUUUUUGCGGGAAAAUUUCUCCAAUUUCAACUUGCAAAUCUCAUUCACGAGAUUGUUUUGCAGUUUUAUUAUGUUACUCAAAGUAGCCAGGCUUUUAGUUUGUUCUUAUUUCUAUAGAAAUGCAUUGAAAAAAUAUUUAAUAAAAAUCUGUAUAACGAA